AUGCUUGCAAUGGGGACAGCAUUGCCUACAGCCAUGGCCAGCACAGUAAGCUCCAGUACCAGCACUUCCAGCUCAGAACUGUCUUCACUGUCAGAGAACAUCAAUAAUGCUGCUGACAUCUCUGUCAUUGUCAUCUAUUUCGUGGUGGUGAUAGCUGUUGGAGUGUGGGCAAUGUUGAAGACGAACAGAAGCACUGUUGGAGGCUUCUUCCUGGCAGGUCGAGCUAUGACCUGGUGGCCGAUGGGUGCCUCUCUGUUUGCAAGCAACAUUGGCAGUGGCCACUUUGUGGGCCUGGCUGGGACAGGUGCAGCUUCAGGAAUUGCUGUUACCGCAUUUGAAUCACAUUCGUUUCUCUUGUUGCUGGUUCUGGGGUGGUUUUUUGUCCCCAUCUACAUCAAGGCAGGGGUGAUGACCAUGCCAGAAUACCUCAGGAAGCGGUUUGGUGGGAAGAGGCUCCAGAUCUACCUAUCAGUCCUCUCCCUCUUCAUCUGCGUGGCUUUGACGAUCUCAUCAAACAUAUUUUCUGGAGCCAUAUUCAUAAAGCUGGCAUUCGGACUGGACCUUUACCUGUCGAUCUUCAUCCUUUUGGCUAUCACUGCUGUUUUCACAAUCACUGGGGGCUUGGCAUCUGUGAUUUACACAGAUACCCUCCAGGCCAUUAUCAUGCUGAUUGGAUCUUUCAUCCUCAUGGUGUUUGCAUUUAUUGAAGUUGGAGGCUAUGAAAAUUUUACAGAAAAGUACAUGAAUGCUAUCCCAUCUGUAAUUGAGGGGGACAACCUGACAAUCAGCCCCAAGUGCUACACUCCUCAGCCGGACUCCUUCCACAUCUUCCGAGAUGCUGUCACUGGAGACAUUCCAUGGCCAGGAACUGCAUUUGGAAUGGUUAUUACAGCUAUGUGGUACUGGUGCACAGACCAAGUCAUUGUACAGCGCUGCUUAUGUGGCAAGAACAUGUCCCAUGUGAAGGCCGCCUGCAUAGUGUGUGGGUACCUGAAGCUGCUGCCCAUAUUUUUCAUGGUAAUGCCAGGGAUGAUCAGCCGAAUUCUGUACACAGAUAUGGUGGCCUGUGUUGUGCCUUCUGAGUGUGUAAAGCAGUGUGGUGUUGACAUUGGCUGCACUAACUAUGCCUACCCAACAAUGGUGCUGAAACUGAUGCCCAUGGGACUUCGAGGCCUGAUGCUGUCAGUCAUGGUGGCCUCUCUUAUGAGCUCCCUGACCUCUAUCUUCAACAGUGCCAGCACCCUCUUCACCAUCGACCUCUACACCAAGAUGAGGAAGAAGGCAUCUGAGAGAGAGCUCCUGAUUGCUGGACGGCUGUUUGUCACUGUACUAAUUGUCACCAGCAUCUUGUGGGUGCCGAUAGUAGAAGUAUCUCAAGGUGGACAACUGAUCCACUACACAGAGUCCAUCUCCAGCUACCUUGGGCCUCCUAUUGCGGCUGUCUUCCUGCUUGGCAUCUUCUGUAAAAGGGUCAAUGAACAAGGUGCAUUCUGGGGUCUGAUGGUUGGACUUGUGAUGGGCCUUAUCCGUAUGAUUGCAGAGUUUUCUUAUGGGACAGGGAGUUGCCUGGUCACCACUAAUUGUCCCAAGAUCAUCUGUGGAGUGCACUAUCUAUAUUAUGCCAUCAUUCUCUUUUUUGUGUCUGCGUUGGUUAUCCUGGGAGUUUCUUUCUUAACAAAACCCAUUCCUGAUGUACAUCUGUAUCGCCUGUGCUGGACUCUUCGGAACAGUGAGGAGGAGAGAAUCGAUUUAGAUGCAGAAGAUAAAAGGGAGGAAGGAGCUGAUAAUGAGACUGAAGAGGACCAAACUGAGAAACCUCGUGGAUGUCUCAAGAAGACUUAUGACUUAUUCUGUGGUUUGCAAAAAACAGAACCCAAGCUGACUAAAGAAGAAGAAGAAGUCCUGAAGAAGAAACUCACAGACACAUCAGAGGAGCCCUUCUGGAGGACUGUUGUGAACGUCAAUGCCAUUGUCCUCCUGACUGUGGCAGUUUUUUUCUAUGGCUAUUUUGCCUGAAUUCUAUCUCAGUCACAACAAUAUUGGCUAAGGAAAGGACCAUUUUAUGUGCUUUCAUUUUAUAGUUUGUUAUCUUACAAGGGGACAUUAGCAAUUUGCUAAUUUUAUCUAAUAAGGUUAUGUCAGACUUGAAUUUUUGUUGUCCCUCCAUGUAAAUAAAAUAGUUUAUAAUUUACAAAACUACUAAUGUGACUUCAUGUAAGUAUGUGAAGUAGGCAAAGAGACAAAAAUCCUUUUUUGUACUUUUAUGAAGUAUCAUUAUCAAGUGAAAUUUUAUAGAUUUAAGAAACAAAAUGUGAUGAUUUCAUAUGUAAGUUAUGAAAGUAUUACCAGAACCAAGUCAACUGGCACAUCCACAUCAUAACAUAGUUGCCCUUUUGUAUUAUCUGCUCUAAGCAAAUUUGAAAUACACAGUACAUUAUUAUUCAUAGGCACAGUGUUGUGCAUUAUUAGACCUCCAUAACAUAUUCACCUUAUAACCAAACAUUUGCACCCUUUGACCAUCAACUUUCCCAUCCCUGAGCCCCUGGAAAAACACCACUGCUAUAGAGUAUCUUGUGCUGCUGUAACAAAUAUGAAAUAUUAGGAAUUAUGAAUAGUGGUGAUUAUUGGUUUCCUGGUUUUAUUUUGGUUUUUAUUGUUUGUUUUUUUAGUUCUCCAGAUAUGGAAGGACACUAUUUAAGAGCCAGAAUCUGGAGAGGACAUUUUUGCUACAUCAUUCCAUGGUAGAAGGUGGGUAGUCAAGAGAAUAUGUGAUAGAAAGAGAAGGGGACCACAUUUGUCUUUUUACAGGUAAUCUACUCCUGUAAUAACACUAAUUAAUUCCUGAGGGAAUAAUCCUCAUGAAUUGGUCACUCCCUAGAGGUCCCUCUUUUCUGCAUUGAUGUUAGGAGUUAGAUUGCAACAUAUGAACUCUGGAGGAUCUAUUCAACUAUAGAAUUCUCUUCAACACCUUAUCUUCAAAUUAUAUCCAUUUCAUUAUUGUGACACCAAAGGUAUUAAUAUGUUUGCAGAACAACUCAGGAGUCAAAAAUCUCUUGUAAAUCAGAUAUGAAUGAGACUCAAGGCAUAAUCCAUUCUAGAACACCUCCUGCUGUCAUCCUGGGAAACCAAACAUGCUACUUCCAGAGCACACUGGUGGGGUAGGCAUGGGAUAGACACUCAUUCCUAAAGGGAGACAAAGACAAGAAGAAAGGAGUCACUGGUCGCUAAACCCAUGAGGUAAUUGCCUUUGACUUCAUGCCCUGCUUCUUAGACACACUGGAGCAGAGGCUGGGCCCCCAGGCAACCUUGCCCCAAUGAUUCAAAUAUGUCUGUCUCAUCUAUGAAAACAACCAUCCAUGGGGAUCUAUAUAUAAAGACUAUUGUUGCAGUGUUAUUUGUGGUGUCUUAAGAUACUUCCCUUUGGAAAAAAAUCCCUUAGUCUGACCCACAUUAAGAGAAGGGAUUACACUUGGCCAUAAAGAAAAAGGAGAGCAGACUAUUAGGACCUUUUUUUAGAGAUGUGAGUCACAGCAGCAACACUCUAAAUAGCCCACCAAGAAAAUAGAACAGAACUAAACAAUUCUCAGCAGGUGGCUGAGUCAACAGAGUAUGACAUACCUGGAAGCUAAUAAAAAUAACCAGUAUGGAUGGAUUACAACCCUUAUCUAAAAGAAAAAAUGCAUCUAUUUCUAUUAUGUUAUAUGUGGGUUAAAACUAACCUAUAAUGACAGCAGUUGAAGGUCUGUCCUCAGGAACAUUGACAAAAAAGCAGUAUGAAGAUUUUCUGGGGUUUGGGGGCAGGGAGUGCUAUAAGUGUUGAUUGGGCUGCACAUCAUGGGAGAAUAUGCCUUUGUAAAAAUUAAUUUAACUGUAUGGUUAAGGUAUGCUAAUACUACUGUUUGUAUUGUUUCAAUAAAAUUCCACUAUUAAUAUUGUUUAAAUAAAAUUUAAAAAAAAGCCAGAACACAAAAUUGAUGUUGUUCCUACAAACAAUGCCAAAAAAUAACCCAGAUUUUUCUACCAGUGUCCUGGUAUAACAGGAAUAGUAAAGACUGGUUUUGAGAAGGUAAAAAAUUGUCCAUCAGUAAGCCAUCAGCAAGAAAUACAUAGUGAAGAAAAUAGGGAAUUGUGGGUACAUAUAUAAAUUAAUAGAUAAAAUAAGAUGACAACAAAGAUACACAAAGAAAUAAACCUCUAAAUAAUGCAUGUAUACAUAUGGUAAUACUUGUAUAUACAUGUGAACACAUGUAAUGUGUAAGCAAAUCAAUUGAGCAAAUAGUUACUGUUGAAAUUAAAAGUACAAAAGCUUUUAAUGGUUUCACUAAUUCUUUGAGCAGAAGAAAAUGUGAAGAAAAGAUAUGGCAUGUAGCAUGUGAGGAACUAGACAUGAUUCAACAUGGCUGGCAGGAAGGAUGUUGCAUGGGCAGGAGGAGGCUACAUGGGCAAGAAGGAUGCUGCACUGGCAGAAAGGAGGCUACACAGGCAGGAAGGAUGCUGCACAGACAGGAAGAAUGUUGCAUGGAUAGAAAGGAUGCUGCACAGGCAGGAAAGAGAUUGGACAUACAGGAAAGAUGCUUAAUGUGCAGGAAGGAUGUUACAUGGGCAGAAAGGAUAUUUCACAGGCAGGAAGGAUGCUGCAGUGGCAGGAAUGAUGUUGUACAGGCAGGAAGGAUGCUGUACUGGCAGGAAGGAUGUUACACAGGCAGGAAGGAUGUUUCACGGGCACGAAAGAUGCUGCACAGGAAGGGAGGAUUCUUCAUGGGCAGGAAGAAUGUUACACGGGCAGGAAUGAUGUUGCAUAGGCAGGAAGGAUGUUGCACAGGUAGGAAGGAUGUUGCACAGGCAAGAAGAAUGUUGCACAGGAAGGCUGUCGAACAGGCAGGAAGUUUGUCACACAGGCAGGAAGGAUGCUGCACUGGCAGGAAGAAUGUUGCAUGGGCAGAAAGGAUGUUGCACAGGAAGGAAGGAUGUUGCACAGGCAGGAAGGAUGCUACAGGGGUAGGAAAGAGUCUUCACAUGCAGGAAGGACGUUGCACAGGUUUAAAGGAUGUUGCACAGGCAGGAAGGAUUUUGCACAGGUAAGAAAGAUGCUUCUCAGGCAGGAAGGAUAUUGCACAGGCAGAAUGGAUGUUGCAUGGGCCGGAAGGAUGUUGCAUAGGCAGGAAGGAUUUUGCACAGGUAGGAAGGAUGUUGCAUGGGCAGGAAGGAUGCUGGAUGGUCAGGAAGGAUGUUUCACAGGUCAGAAGGUUGUUGCAGCUGGGCAGUGGUGGCACAUGACUUUAAUCCCAGUACUCAGGAGGCAGAGCCAGGUGGAUCUUUGUGAGUUUGAGGCCAGCUUUGUCUACAGAGUGAGAUCCAAGACAGGCACCAAAACUACACAGAGAAACUCUGUCCCACCCCCACCCCCCAAAAAAGAAGAAGGAUGUUGCACAGGUAUGGAGAAUGUUUCACAGGUAUGAAGGAUGUGGCACAGGUAGGGACAAUGUUGUAUAUGCAGAAAGGAUAUUGCAGAGGCAUGAAGGAUGUUGCAGGGGGAGGAAAGAUGUUGCACAGGCAGGAAGAAUGUUGCACAGGCAGGAAGGAUGUUCAAAAGGCAGAAAGGAUGGUGCACAGGUAGGAAGAAUGUUGCACAGGUAGGGACAAUGUUUUAUAGGCAGGAAGGAUUUUGCAGGGGCAGGGAGGAUGUUGCCCAGCUGGGAAGGAUGUUUCAUAGACAGAAAGGAUGUUGCAUGGGCAGGAAGAAUGUUGUAUAAUUAGGAACGAUGUCGCACAGGUACCAAGGAUGUUGCACAGGUAGGAAGAAUGUUGCAUAGGCAGGAAGCAUGCUGCACAGGCAGGAAAGAUAUUGAAAAGGCAGGAAGGAUGUCGCACAGUCAGGAAGGAUGCUAAAUGGGCAAGUAGAAUGUUAAGCAGGCAGGAAAGGUGUUUCACAGGUAUGAGGGACGUUGCUGGGACAGGAAGGAUGUUGCACAGCUAGGAAAGCUGUUACAUAGUCAUGAAGGAUGUUGCACAGGUAGGAGGGAUGUUGCACAAGUAGGGACGAUGUUGUAUAGGCAGGAAGGAUGUUGCACAGACCUGAAGUAUGUUGCACAGGCAGAAAGGAUAUUGCGUAGGCAGGAAGGAUGAUGCAGGGAUGGGAGGGAGUCUCCACAGGCUGGAAGAAUGUUUUGUGGGCAGAAGGAUGGUGAACAGACAGGAAGGAUGUUGCACAGUCAGGAAGGAUGUUGCAUAGGCAGAAAGGGUGUUUCACAGGUAGUGAUGAUGUUGUAUAUUUAGGAAGGAUGUUGCAGGAUCAGGACAUAUGUUUCAGAGGCAAGAAGAAAGUUGCAUGGGCAGGAAGGAUGUCACACUCGCUGGAAGAAGGUUGCAUGGGUGGCAGGAAGGAUGCUUCACAGGCUGGAAGAAUGUUGCAUGGGCAGGAAGGAUGUUACACAAGCAGGAAUGAUGUUCAACAGGUCAGAAGCCUGUUGUCUGGGUAGGAAGGAUGUUGCAGAGGUAGAAAGGAUGUUGCACAGGCAAGAAAAAUGUUGUGUAGGCAGGUAAAUGCUUCACGAGCAGGAAAAAUGUUGCACAGGCAGGAAGGAUGUUGCAUAGACAAGAAGGAUACUGCAGGGUUAUGAAGGAGUCUCCACAGGCAGGAAGGAUGCUGUACAGGUUGGAAGGAUGUUGCAGAGGUAGAAAGGAUGUUGCAUAGGCAAAAAAGGAUGUUGCACAGGUAGGAAAGAUGUUGCACAGAUAGGAACGAUGUUGUAUCGGCAGGUAUGAUGUUGACCAGGAAUGACAGAUGUUGCUCAGGCAGGAAGGAUGUUGCACAGGUGUAGAUGGAAGUUUCUCCAGUCCUGCCUUGCCCAACAAUCUGGAUGAAUCUCUCCCACCCACAAUCCUACCGCCACUUAUAAAGUAAUCUCUCAGAGGCUUAUAUUAAUUGCAAACUAUAUGGACUAUGGCUUCAGCUUUUAGCCAGCUAGCUCAUCUUAAACUAACCAUUCCUAUUAAUCUAUAUGUUGCUGUGUGGCUGUAGCAUUACCAGUCUAAUUGCAUCUUGUUGCUCCUUUGGCAACAGCUGGCAUCUCUGCCAACUCCACCCUUCUCUAUUUCUUCUUGGAUUUCCCGCCUGGCUGUAAGCUUUCUUACCAUAAGCCAAAACAGCUUUAUUUAUUAUCCAGUGGAAGCCAUAUAUUCCUAGCAUACAGAAAGAUAUCCCACAGCAUACAGAAAGAUAUCCCACAGCACACAGUCAGGAAAGAUGCCACACAGGCAGGAAGGAUAUUGCACUGACAGGAUGGAUGUUGCACUGGCAGGAAGAUUGAUGCUUGGGAAGGAAGGACAUCACACAGGCAGGAAGGAUGCUGCCCGGGCAGGAAUGAUGUUGCUUAGGCAGUAAGGAAGUUGUACAGGUGAAGGAUGUUGAACAGGUAGGGAUGAUGUUGUAAGGGUAGGAAGGUUGUUUCAAGGGCAGGAAGGAUGUUGCACAAGCAAAAAGAAUGUUGCAUAGACAUGAAGGAUGUUGAACAGGUAGAAAGGAUGUUGUAUGGGCAGGAAGGAUGUUUCACAGUCAGGAAGGAUGUUGAAAAGGCAGGAAAGAUGUUGCUUGGGGAGAAAGGAUGUCGCACAGGCAAGUAGGAUGUUGCAUAGGUAGACAGGAUUCUGCACAGGCAGGAAGGAUGCUGCAUAGGCAGGUAGGAUGUUGCACAAGUUGGAAGGAUGUUGUACAGGUAUGAAAGAUGUUGCACAGGUAGGGACGAUGUUGCAAUGGCAGGAAGGAUUUUGCAAAGGUGGGAAGGAUGCUACAUAGGUAGGAAGAAUGCUGCAAAGGCAGGAAAGAUGUUGCACAGGCAGGAAGGAUGUUGCACAGGCUGGAGGAAUGUUGCACAGGCUGGAGGGAUGUUGCACAGGCAGGAAGGAUGCUGAAUGGGCAGGAAGGAUAUUUCAUAGGCAGGAAGGAUGUUGCACAAGUAGGAAGGAUGUUGCACAUGUAUGAAGGAUGUUUCACAGGUAGGGACAAUGUUGUUUAGGCAGGAAGGUUGUUGUAGGGACAGGAAGGAUGUUGCAUGGGCAGGAAAUAUGUUGCACAGGCCGGAUGGAUGUUGCACAGGCUGGAGGGAUGUUCAACAGGCAGGAAAGAUGGUGCACAGGUAGGAAGAAUGUUUCACAGGUCUGAAGGAUUUUGCACAGCUAGGGACAAUGUUGUAUAGGCAGAAAGAUGUUGUAGGGACAGGAAGGAUGUUGCAUAGCUAUAAAGGAUGUUGCAUAGGUAGGAAGGAUCUAGCACAGGCAGGAAAGAUGUUGCACAAGCAGGAAGGAUAUUGCACAGGCAGGAAGAAUGUUGCACAGGUAGAAAGGAUGUUGCAUAGGUAGGAAGUAUCUUGCACAGACAGGAAGGAUGUCACACUGGCAGAAAGGAUGCUGCAAAUUCAGGAAGAAUGUUACAGUUAGGAAGGAUGUUGCAUAGGUGUAGUGGUAUUUGCUCUGCCCAUGACCUUUGGCUAUAUCAUCCAAAGAAAGUAGUGCUUCUUGCUAUUGUAUAUUACCUCUUAAAAAGAAUGGGAGAUGGGUCAUGAGGCCCCUGCUUUCUGCUUCCUGGUGUGAUCAGGCUGCCAGGUGGAUUCACUGCCAGAUGGAUUCACUCCCAGUCAGAACAGAGGACGACUUCAGCUGUUUACUCGGUUCUGUAUUCAUGAGUGUAUUUCCUCAAUUUAUAUCCUAAUAAAUUCCCUAAUACUUCUUAAACAGACUCUCAUGGAUUUCUCACAUUAUCUGGUACUCAACCACCUGAAUCUGAGCCCCAUGAACCCUUACAUGCUCCUUGCAAGACCAAACACUAAUACCAGUGGGUGGCUGCUGGUGAGUUUCUCUGCCCUGCAGAGACUGCGCACAGCUCAAACCCUUCCCCCAGGUGCUGUUUGACCCCUGCUCAGGUGACCACCUCCAUACAGCAGCCAUGCAGAGACCCUUAGGCCAGGCAGCUCAUGCAGCCAGGCGGCACAUGUGGCAGUGGUUCUUGUAACCACUGCCAGAAGCAUGCAUGUUCAGCAGAAGAUAGAGCAUUGUGUCAGAGAGAAAGAUGUCCAUGCUAGGAGCCUUUCUAGUUCUGUGGCUGUAGCAGCCAGAUUGGAUCACAGUCUUUUACCUGAUACUAGCUGCGCUGAUCCCUCAGCAAAGCACACCUGCUCUGCAGUCUGAGCACAUCAGCAGCAUUCCUCCUGCUGGCCCUUGCCUGCUCUGAGUGGGCUCCAGUGGCUGCUGUGAGACCACUGUGGGAGUUGCUGGUACAUUCUGCUUGCCUACAAGGACCAUGCUGCAUGUGGGAGUGCUAACAGGCUGCUCCUUUCUUUUAAAUCUCUCGGGUGUAGUUGCUUAAGCUCACAGGUCAAACAACUUCAGAACUUGAGCCAGAAAGAGGUAUAGUGCUUCAGGACCUAUCUUGGCACUAAACCUGUGACACCUGCUGGCCAAAUAUUGUUACUACACCCAAAAAUUAUGGCACAAACCAGACCUGCUUUGGUGCCACACUUGUGACCUGCUGGCCAAAUACCACUACUACAUCCAAAAAUCAUCACACAAACCAGCCAUUCUCCCUACCUGUUCAUUAAGAACUUAGGACACUUGGAACACCUAGGACACUUAGGACAAUCUCUCAAGGAUAUUAUCUGAGGUUAAUUACUUGAUAAUUUUACACUUAAACUGAUUAAUAAAUAAUUUUUCUUUCCUUUGCAAAUUUUAAGUAUUUCUUAGAUCAUGGCAGAUAAUAUAACCAUUCAGAAAUUUUAAAACUUCUUUGUUUAUACUACGAAUGAAAUUUUACAAGACAUAUACAACCUUCCUGGGAUGUAUACAAUUUUUGCCAUAAUGGUAAUUAGUAUAGUAAUUCACAUCAUAUCAUUAAAAAAACUGGUUUAAUAACAGCACCAAAUAUGAGAUAUUAAUAGGACUGAUACAGACUUUGCAAAAUGGUAAUGAGAACUUAAAUCAAAGGAUUUAUUCUCUGGAAUCUGCUUAUUUACCACAUGAACUUCAAACCAUUAAUACUAUAUGGACAACCAGAUUUAAUUCUAUUGAAAAUAAAUGUGAAAAAUUAUUGGAUAAAAUGUUAAGUCUGCAAGGCACUCUUAAUGCCAUAUAGAUAAUUUCAAAGGAAGAAUGGUCAUCAUUAAUCAAUAGAAUAAAAUCUUUGGAAUCAUAUAUUUGUGAUGAACAUAAAAUUUUUUUUGGAUUCCAUGAAGUCACUGCAAUCAUUUACAGUACAGGAGGUACAGAAUUUAGAAAAAGCUGUGGUUAAUUGAUUUCAAGCUUUAUAGGACUCUGUUAGAACUGAUAAUAAAAAUGUUAACACUCAGAAGGAAGAGGUUAGAGAGGUUAUAACAUUCCCAGUGCCUUACAGAGUUAGAGAUGACUUACCAAAAGUCACAAGUCAUGCCAUAUAUCCUGUUACUGUUUAUGAAAAGCCAGCAACUGAUAAAUAUCCUGAAGGAUAUGAAGAAUAAAAUGGAAGCCUAUAUUUAUAAGAGAUUUAAAGAACAUCAAGGAAGCUGUAGUUACCUAUGGUAUACAUUCAACAUAUGUGAAACAGAUAUUAAAUAUGUGGUCUUCUAGAAAUAGGAUCACACCAAAUGACUGGAAUCAGUUAAUAUCAGUGGUAUUAGAAUAUAGCCUUCAAUUACAAUGAAAAAGCUGAUAGGAAGAAGCUAAGGCCCUUGAGCAGCAAAGUAAGAUUAAAGGUUUUCAGAUCUCCCAAGUUCAAAUUCUUGGUAAGGGCUGCUUUGCUGAUACAGAUGCACAAUCAGUUGGGAAACCAACUGAGCUAUAUACCAAGGUCAUACAGAGGUCGAAAGAACUGAUUUUUUUACAAAGAUUGACCAAAGUUGCAAACAAGGCAAUAUCAGAUCAAGAAGUUAGAUGAGUACUAAUUCGAUCUUUGGCUUUUGAAAAUGCUAAUAUAGAAUGUAAAUAGAUACACCUUUAAAGAUCAGAUCAGCACUCACAGAAAAAUGAAUCCAAUACACAAUCAAUGUUGAGUCUCUUAACUAUGGUGAUAAGGCUUGGAUAGGAGAGGUGAUUUCCAAAGGUAUAAAGAGGCAUCAAAGUGCCAAAUGUUUAACUGUGGUAAACCAGGCCAUAUUAGAAGAAAUUGUACACAGGGCACUCCUAAAAGCAAUGCUUCUUCUAGAAAUGACCCAAACAGGAAACCUCAACCUUCUUGAUUAAGCAGAAGAUGUGGCAAGGCUGACAUUGGACCAAUGAAUGCAGAUCAACAAGAGACAUACAAGGCAACCAUUUACCAUUGGGAAGUGCCUUGGGGGGCCUCUUACAGGCCCCAAAAUUGAACAUGGUCCAGUAAUUUUCAGUCACUGUGGAGGAAACUCCUCCCCAGGACAAUUGAAUAAUCCAGUGCCUAAUGUGAAAAAGACACACUGCACUGCAUGAUAGAACAGCUUUGAUAGAUGGAUCAAAAAUUCCAAAAAACACCAUAAAAUGAAUAUUUUAGCAGACUUCCAUAAAUGAAGGCUUAGUGGACACAGGUGCAGAUGUGACUAUAAUUAUGCCAAAAUCAUGCAUGGUGGAUUUAACUUUUGCUAGUACAGAUGGAAAAAAAAUGUUUCUGGGCUACACACUGCUUGAUGGAAGCAUAGACAAAAAAGUAGAAGUGCUGUGGGAUGGUUCUUCUUUACACUGUGAAUAUAUGUUGCUACCAUUGGUUAAUAAAGAAGCUGUUAUGGCCUAUGGCAAUGCAGAAUAGAGCCAGGCAAGGAAUUCAAGCAGAGAGACAAAGAGAAGAAGGCAGAGUCAGGGGAGACACUGAGUGCUGCAAGGGGAGCAAGAUGUAAUGGAACACCAUGAAGCCACAUGGCAAAACAUAGAUUAAUAGAAAUAGGUUGAAUUAAGUUGUAAGAGCUAGUUAAUGAUAAGUCUGAGUCAUAGGUCAAACAGUUUGCAAUUAAUAUAAGCCUCUGUGAGUUUAUUUGGGACUGAACGGCCGUGGGAUUGGAAAAACUUCCAGCUACAGAUGGCAUCCUCCUCCAUGACAUGUGGUUCCACUGAUAUGCCUGAGGGCUGCUGGAGGACAUUAAGUCUUUGCAGAUGGUUGUGUCUCAACCUGGGUGCAUGUCCUAUGUGCACUUGAGUGCUUUUUGUUUUUGUUUUAUUUUUCAGACAGGGUCUCACUAUGCAGCUCUGGCUGGCCUGAAACUCGGGAAGUAGACCAGGCUGGCCUCAAACUCAGUGAGAGCCACUUGCCUCUGCCUCCUGAGUGUUGAGAGCAAAGGUGUGCACCCCAUGCCUGGCAUGCCAUCUGUAUACUCAGAUUCACUGUGCUUUCAGUAGUAUACUUUAUAACAAAAUUUUACUCAACAUCAAAACAAUAAAAAAAAUGUAAAU